UGAUUCUCUUUUAUUUCUUCCAGAGGCCAACAGAAAUAAAACAAGGGGAGCAAAAACCCAACUCUGUUUCACCACUUUCAUCUUAAAAUUCCCCCCACAGAUCCAAUUUGUCUUUGCCUAAAAGAAGGCUACUUUGUUUUUUGUUUCAAAGAGAAGAAGUAAUUGGUUGUUGACUAAAUUUGUUUCAAGCCUUUUUUAUGGGGUCCAUGAGGAUUUCUCUGGGACAUCCUUAAUUGCCCCCUCUCUUCCCAUGUUUUUUCCGACAUAAUAAGCUAAAUAAAGCUUCAACCUUUUUUUCCAUUUUUUUGGGAUUGUUUGGUUUUUUUUUCCCCCUCUUUGGUAAGUUGUUUUUAGGAUUGUAAAGGAGAUGCAGUCGCGUCGAUCACAAUCCAUGGUGGGUCGGAUUGAUACCAGAGGGAAACAUAGGAUACAAGCUGAACUCAAAAGGCUAGACCAAGAAGCUAGAUUCUUAGAGGAAGAGCUGGAGCACUUGGAAAAGAUGGAGAAGGCAUCAACUGCAUGCAAAGAGAUGCUGAGUAAAGUGGAAAGUACACCUGAUCCACUCCUUCCAAUCACAAAUGGUCCUCUAAAUCUGACGUGGGAUAGAUGGUUUGAAGGUCCCCAGGAAUCUCAAGGCUGCAAAUGUUGGAUACUGUGACAAUAUUGCUUAUUUGGAUGAUUUUUUUUCUUUUUGAUCUUAAAUUUGGAGAGGCUUUAUUUACAUUGUUGUUGAUGUUUGUGAGAUAUAUGUAUUUCAUUGUGCAGGAAAAA